AAAAAAAAUGUUUCAUUUUACAAAAUUCUUGUACUGAGCCAUAAAUUGAAGGGAAUGAUAUAAUACUUGAACUCUUCAAAUUUAACAGGUUAUGAAAUGCUAUGUGAUGUAAGAGUUCAGAACUGUCCAGCAGCAAGUUUGACAAAGUAAAAAGAAAACCCAAAGUGUUUCUGAGAGGAAUCAAGUGUUUGAACAUAACAGUCGCUGACAGCCCCCUCCCCUUUACCAUCACUGAACACUCAGACCAGUUGUAUACAUGAACAAUAGAAUUGGCUUUAAAGACACCAGCUAAGAAGGACCCGUGGACUUCAUGAACCAAGGAAACACGGAUAGGCCUGCGUCAGAGCCUUUUUGGAUCUGAGCAUCAUCGGUAAGUUAAUGAGUUGCUUUACACUAUAUUCAGUCAAAUGUGGAGUUAGGUUUCCAUUGCUGUUCUGCUGACACUGAGCUGUGACUGAGCUUUGUUCUUGGGAAACCAGGCCAGUUUUAAUCAACGAGUGAGUAAAGUCAUAACAUUUAACUCCAAACAUGAUUAUUCUUGAGCUUUUCAGCAAAAUGAACGUCCCAAGGAAUUUUCGUUGAAUAAUAGCUGCUUUUUAUUCCUGUGGUCUUCACUGAGCAUCCUCUUCUUUGGAUCUAAGUGUGACUGAUCUUUUCAGAGGACAGCAGCUGCCUGGAAGCCACUGAACAACAAUGAGCUGGAAGAUGAGGACACUCGCAAAGGUGACCAGAGAGGUAGGCUAUUUUUAAAUGAGUGAAAACUUGAUUUGUAGCUGACUGGAAACAUCUUUAUGAUCAGGUAAUAACUAAACUUAGCCAUGUGGAAGGGGAGGGGUCUAAGUUUUCAAUAAUUUGCUUUGGUGAGACUGAGUUUUAAGCAUUUCGGGACAUGUGUCACUAUAUGAUCUGAUUAACAGGACAGGUACAUGAUGAUUCUCUCAUUCUGCUCAUUGAUCAGAACAGAUUCUGUAACAUGGGGCUCAGUGCCAGUCCCUGCCCUCUCUGAUUUAUGAAUGAAUCAUACGUUUGCACAUCUGAUGGAUGGUUUUCUGUUAUUUCUCAAAAUCGUGAUUGAAAAUGAACCCAAUUCCCCCUCAGACGAUGAUGUUGAAUGACGUUGCUUUAAGCCCCUUUUGAGGGAGGAGGGCGACUUCAUUUAGUUUUGAUCUGAAGGUUGAUAAACAAAUGAUUUGAACAACAAUAAAAGACAAGAUGUUGCCCUAAGGGAGGAGUUAUCAUUGUCAAGGAGACAAUGCAACCUUAUUUUUAAAGUCAUUAUUAAACAAAUAAAACUGCGGGAGUUUGUAGAAACACCUACCGGAUAAGUGCACAUGCGAUCCACAAAAGAGCUGGUUUCUAAUUAAUGGGGAAUAGACGGACCUGUUGGCCGGACGGCGCGGACCCUGACAGGGGGCUAUGCGGACUCCGCUAUGGACCGACCCCGACUGAUUGCCUUGCUGUUAAUAGUGUUGGAGUGGACCUGUCCAGGCCUACCAUCCCCACCAAGGCCAAUCUGUGACCUGCGGGUCCUGAACCAUUUCAUCCAGGAAGCACGAGACGCAGAAGUUGCAAUGUCUUGUAGGGACGGAUGUGGCCUGACAGAGUUGGUCUCUGUUCCCCAAACCACUGUUAACUUUGAUGACUGGGAAAGGAAAAAUGCAACGGAGCAAGCCCAGGAAGUCCAGACUGGCUUGUGGCUUUUACAUCAGGCCCUCGGCUUACUACAGGCAUCGAUGACGGAUGUAGACCUAAACAAUCACAUAGACAACAGUAUAAGAAACCUGCUUAGCAUUAACGCUGUGCUGCGAAGCCUAAACAUUCAGGAAUACACCCCACCGACCAGCGCAGUGGGACUGGAGGGAACGUGGAAGGUGUCCUCGGUGGCAGAAGUCCUCCAAGUUCAUGUGAACUUUCUGCGAGGCAAAGUGCGCCUUCUCCUUGUGGGUGCAGAGGCUUGUCAGCAAGAUGUCAGCUGAUGAGCUUGUUCAGCUACUUCAGGCAAAAGCAACUUGUGUUUCCAAAGGCACGGGGAUGAACUUUACACUGUUAACCUACAGGUUGAAUACUGUAGGACGGUCCUCACAUUUAAGGAGGAAGCUCAAAGGAAAGGAGUCUUGGAAGAGCUUUGGAUGGACGGGAGGCGGCGGCACCUUGGAAUGUAGAUGUGUUGAAGCACAUAGUGACCAAAUGAUGCCUCUGGAAAGCACUGCGCCAACUGCUGUUCUACUGGCACUCUGUUGCACUUUCUGUGUGGAUGUGUGUGUGUGUAUGUGUGUGUGUGUGAGUUGAUACAGGACGUUUCAGUGAGUUUGACCUCUACACUUGUCUUUGUAGAGUGAAUAGUGGAGUGAAACGCAAAGAAAAUAUUGAUUGCACCUGGAAAUUGGAAGACUGUGGUUGCAAAGAGGCAAAAGUGGGACCUCACACAACAAGCCUUUAACUCAUUUCUAACUACGCCUCAGAAACUUUAGUCUUGGAAUUGGUCAGUGAUUAUUUUAUUUGUGAGUUGUAAAAAAAAACUAUUUAUACAUAUUUUUCUACUUUCAGGCUCUAGUCUAUACAUUAGUGAUAGGCCCUCUACUGGUUUCUGUCAUGUUCACGUUUUGUACCACUGAACAUUUGCACAUACACAAAAAUACCAAGCUGCUCUUGUUAUAAAGUUUGUAUCUCACUCCGAGAACAGAGGCCUUCAUCGCUGAUUGUCACCUCAGCUGUUGUGUGAGAGCGAGAGCUCGCUGUGGAGGGUUACAUGAGAACUCAGAAGCUGUUAUCUAUGUUUCAGUCUCUCUAACACCAACAUUCAUCCCGUCUCCAUACGCUGAUAGCCAGACUGCCUGGAAAAAUUUACAAUUAACAUCCUGUGGAGCUGUGAUUGCAAAUAGCUUUCCAGAGCCUGACGCUAGCACUGUUUUUCCCUUCCUCUGUUUUUCGUCACCAAACUGAAAACAGGCAGUUCUCAGAACUUUUUAAUUUAAAAGGGAUGCUCUACUGUUCACAAUAAUUGUUUGUUUUUGUUGUCUUUCCUUGUUUUUAUAUUUUGCUGUUUUUAAGAAGUUUUUGAGGAUGUUUAUCUAUUUUCUUUCCUGUUUUUUGUAUUGUUUUGUCCCAUCACUGCAGAAUUCACUAUUUAAAUACAAAAUAUCAUGUUUGGAUAAAGAGAGGAUGGCUGGAUGGAAACACAA